AUGGCUGAGGCAGUUGUUUCAUUUGUGCUCCAAAAUGUCAGAGUCUUCACCACUCAGGAAGCCAAGUUCUUGUCUGGAGUCAGCCAUCAAGUUGAGGGUGCACAAACUGAGCUACUAGUGAUGAAGGGAUUCCAGAAAAAUUUGGAUGCAAGACGAGGAGAAGAUCCAACUGUCCAGCUUUGGGUUGCCCAAAUUAGAGAUGCUGCUUAUGAUUUGGAAGACGUUAUUGAAACGUAUGGCUUGAAAGUGGUUUCCAAGAAGAAAAGAGGUGUGAAGAAUGUUCUCAAAAGAUUUGCCUGCAUCUUCAAGGAAGGGGUCGAUCUUCACAGGAUUGGGAAAGAAAUUGAGAAUAUCACUGCCAAAAUUUCUAAGUUGAGGUCAAGUUUGGAGAAGUAUAACAUAAAAGAAAUAAUAAGGGACAGAGACAGUAGUGACGGUGAAUCUUCCUCGCAAUUGCAUCAGAGGUUAAGGCAAAGUUAUUCUCAUGCUGUUGAAUGUGAUGUUGUUGGGUUAGAGUCCAACGUUGAAGAAUUGGUUAUGCAUUUAGUGAAAGAUGAAAAUCGUCAUCGAGUUGUAUCUAUUUGGGGUAUGGGCGGUUUAGGGAAGACCACCCUUGCAAGAAAGGUUUAUCAUGACAAAAAAGUAAGGCAGCAUUUUCAUAGUUUUGCUUGGUUCUGUGUAUCUCAACGGUAUCAAGUAAGAAAUGUUUGGGAGGGAAUUUUAAUUGAACUCAUUUCCGCUACCAAGGAACAAAGACAAGAAGUUAAGGACAUGAGAGAUGAUGAAAUAGCAACGAAGCUUUUCCGUGUUUUACAAGAAAUGAAAUGUUUGGUGAUCCUUGAUGACAUAUGGAGAAUCGAGACAUGGAAUCUUUUGAAGGCUGCAUUUCCAAAUGUGGAAACAGAGAGCACAAUAUUGCUUACUACACGCAAUCAAGCAGUAGCCACGCUCCCAAAUAGAAAUGCUUUUCUCCACAAACUCCAGCCACUGAAUGAGAAUGAGAGUUGGAACCUACUUGAGAAGAAAGCAAUAUCUGAAAGGGCUGAUAUCGAUUUGGGAAUGUUCACAAAGAAGAGAGAAUUAGGAAUGAAGAUGCUCCGACAUUGUAAAGGUUUGCCAUUAGCCAUCAUUGUGCUUGCCGGAGUUCUAGCCAGAAAAAACACUAUUAGAGAAUGGGAGAGAGUGUAUGAGAAUGUUCAUGAAUACAUAAGUAGAGGCAUAGGUCAUGAAGAAGAAUAUGAAGGUGUAUCACAAGUGUUGGCAUUGAGUUAUGAUGACCUACCGUAUUACUUAAAACCAUGUUUUUUAUAUUUAGGUCAUUAUCUUGAAGACUCUGAGUUUUUGGUGAGCAAAUUGACUAAGUUAUGGGUGGCAGAAGGUCUUAUCUCCUUGAGAAAACAAAGACAUGGUUUGGGGGAAACAAUGGAGGAUAUAGCACGUGAUUGUUUAAGUGAGUUGGUGGAAAGGUGUUUGGUUCAAGUGGGAACAAGUGGUUCAAGUGGGACAAUUAAAGGUUGUCAAAUCCAUGAUCUUGUACGAGAUAUGUGUUUGUUAAAGGCGAAAGAGGAAAGCUUUCUCCAGAUUAACAAUUCUUUGCAAGAAAAUACUUCUUCUGUGGUAGCUGAGGCAUCACAAUUGGGGAAAAUUCGAAGACUUGCAAUUUACUUGGAUGAGAAGACAGAUAGGAGGAUGCCAAAAAGUGAAAAAGGAUUGCUAUCUCCGUUGAAGGAUUUCAAAGUGCUUAGAGUUUUGAAGGUUGAAGGUCUUUAUAAUGUAGAAGUAGAGUUGCCAAAUGAAAUUGGAAAUAUGGUACACUUAAGAGCAAAGAGUAACCUAGAGCUGUCUACCCUUGGCCAUCUACAGACCUUAUAUAGCCUUGCAAUUGAGUAUUGUGAUUUGAAAGAUGUUGGUAGAUUAACCAAUCUUAGAAAACUGAGACUAAUAUUGUCAAGUUCUUUGCAAAAUCUGGAGGAAAUCUUAAAAUCUACAGGCAGCACGCUUAACCGUAUCCGGACUUUAUUUGUGGACAACAAAUUUCAUUAUAGAGGUGCGAAGCAAGCUGUGCAAAUAGUAUCAAGCUGUCGGGGUAUAUAUAAAUUGGCGUUGGUAGGGCCAAUCGCAGAAUUACCGAAAGAGCUCCCCAACUAUCCAAACCUCACCAAGUUAGAAUUGUGUAGUUGUGGUCUCAAGGAGGACCAAAUGGGAAUACUAGAGAAACUGCCAAACGUAACAAUUUUGAAGCUUAUUGAAAUAGCUUUCCUUGGGAAUACAAAGAUACUGGUUUUCUCCAAAGGAGGCUUUCCUUCUCUUGAAUUUCUUGAUGUUUUUAUUAUGGGCGGAAUAACAGAGUGGAGAGUAGAGGAAGGUGCCAUGCCUCGUCUCUGUCGAUUGGAAAUCGAAUAUUGCUGGGGAUUGAGGACACUUCCAGAUGGGCUGAGAUAUCUUACUAAUCUCAGGGAAUUAACCGUCAGAGGGAUGCGUAGAGAACUCCACCGUCGGAUUGAGGAAGAUGGAGAUGAUUUCUAUAAAAUUCAACAUGUACCUUCCCUUGUAAUUGGAGAACCGUGGGACCCAGCACCGAUGCAGUGA